ACAAUUUUUCCAUUUAGUAUUCACACAAAAAUUUACUGCUUGCAAACACUGAACUGUGAUAAUGAACAUCAUCUCUUCUCGUCUCCCUUUCCUUCCUCUCUCUCUCAUCCUCUUUCUCUCUCUACUGUCUCCUUCCCCGGUCGCCGGCGGCGAGCGUUGCCACCCAUACGACAAGAAAGUUCUCCUGAAAAUCAAGGAGGAUCUAGGCAACCCCUACCAUUUUGCCUCUUGGGACCCCAAAACAGACUGCUGCGAUUGGUACGUGGCGAAAUGCGAUGAAACCACCAACCGGAUCACUACCCUCAACGUCAUCACCGCGGAUUUCGCCGGCCAGAUUCCGGCGUCCGUCGGGGACCUUACAUAUCUCAAGACGUUGAUAUUCCACAAGGUCGCGAAACUCACCGGAAACAUUCCGUCUUCCGUCACGAAGCUCACCCACCUCACGUUCUUGGAGGUUAGCUGGACGAACGUCUCCGGCGCCGUUCCGGCGUUCCUCAGCCAGCUCAAGAACCUAACUUACCUCGACCUGUCGUUCAACAAUUUUAGCGGUUCUAUCCCGGAGUCUCUAGGUGAGCUCAAAAACCUAGAGGCGUUACACUUAGACAGGAACAAACUCACCGGAACUAUUCCGGAAUCUUUCGGGAAAUUUCCCAAGGCGCCGGCUCUUUAUCUCUCCCACAACCAACUCACCGGCACGUUGCCGGAGUCCUUCGCCAAACUUGAUUUCGAGACUAUAGACUUGUCACGGAACAAGCUAGAAGGCGACGCGUCCUUCUUGUUCGGGAAAAACAAGACUGUCCAGGUUAUCGACUUGUCGAGAAACGCGUUCCAGUUCGACUUCUCCAAGGUAAAGGGGUUUUCCGACAGCUUAACCUUGUUGGAUUUGAACCAUAACAAGAUCGCCGGAGCGCUGCCGGCGGCGCUGACGAAGAUAGAAAACUUGCAGCUGUUCAACGUGAGUUAUAACAGACUUUGCGGCGAGAUCCCGCAAGGUGGGGAGCUUCAGAGGUUCAACAAAUACGCCUAUCUUCAUAACAAGUGCUUGUGCGGUCCGCCAUUGCCGGCGUGUUAGUGUCGAUCUGCAAAUCUUGUCUUUUUCCGGUUUGCUGCAGAAUAAGAGUGCAUUAAUAUCUAUGUAAUAAGGGGUUGAAUUGCAUGUCAUGUGAAGUAAUGGUAGCCAUUUGAGCAAGAAUUGCAAGUUUAAUUUGGUUUGGUAUGUUUUUUGCACUCUA